AAAAUGGACGUGUGUCAUCAGCUAUCUUUCUGGUGGAAAAGUCCUGCUGUAUUGUGUGUGAUGUUAACUGGCCUCAGACCACAGAGAAUUAUUUACCUCCUGUUUACUGCUGGGGGAGGAAGGCUACGUAAGCUUCUGCUUAUCAUGCCAGGGCCCCACAAGCCAUCAAUCAGUCUCCCUAUAGGAAAUAAUGACAUUUACUUCAGAGUUCAUAAUGUUUCUGAAAAUACUAAAUAUUAAUUUAUUUUUUAGCCUUCUGUUUUCUGAGACUUUGGCACUUUCAUUUUCCAUGCUUCAAUCUGCAACUCUGAGGAUAUGAAUAAUUUUUAAAGGGGAAGUGGAGUUUCUUCGUUGACCACAUAGAUGCAAGAGCUGGGCUUUUAUGAAAGAUAAUCCCAUAUUAUGAAACUAGUGAUGAACUCAUCAGAAGUGGUGUGGCUGAGAGGACAGCCUUAGAGCAUGAGAAGUACCAGGUGUUAAUGAACAGAAUGAAGGGAAGGUAAAUAAUUCUGAGCUCUGGCAUUGCAUCCCAACAGCCAAGUACCUGCAUCCAGAGUUCCGCUUAAUUGUUGUUUUUCCUUGCAGGCACCAAGCAAAUGUUUUCCUACAUGCACCCUUUGAAACAUGAUUGGCUUGUCUAUAUUGCUGGGCAGACAUUUAGCUUAUUUACUUAAGGGGAGUCUAUCUGAUGAUUUCUAUCCACUUACCACCUGUACCCUCCUCAAAUCUUUUAUUUUUAUGGUCUUCUAGAUAAAGAUUUGGUACUUCUGUGUCUCUCACUAAGAUUAUAUACAUGCAUAUGAGUAUAUGCAGUAAAAAAGGUAUAAACACUUUGAACCUAUAUGCAGGGGCCAGAGCUGUGGAUCAGAAAGGGAAACAGCUUUUCCUUUCUUUUGGAAGUGAUAUCCCAGCUGUUGUCAUUGCAAUUGUUGGAGCGGUGCCUCUGCUACUCAGUAGGUGGAACAUCACACUGGUGCUGAAGAAGCAGAGCCCUCCAGGAUGAGUCAUUUGUGUAUCCUGUGAUUGUGGUUUUGUUUAUCAGCCUGCCAAGAUAAAGAUUAGCAUCCUUUGAAGGAUGACUAAAAAUUGUCGUAUGUUGCAGCUAAAUCAGCAUCAGCUGUCUACAUUAGUAUUAUCUUCUAAUUUUUGUAAUCUUCCUCAUCCAUCUCUUAGAGAUUUUGUGUUAACAAAAACAGACAUCUAGCUUGCUUAAAGGGCCUAGCAUUGCUAUCACUGGCCUGGACAGCAUUAGUGCUACUGAGGUGACACUUCUUGUGACAUCUGCAGUGUUAGAGCAUGAUCUCCUGAGUGUGUUCAGUAUGAGUAGAAUGUGUUAAAGCAGCUGGUAUGCAGAGCGCACGCCACAGGGGAGAGCUUCUGGUCUCCAGUAUUGCCUUGUGAAAAAUACAUAUUCAGGAACUGAGCUGGUAAGUCAGCACCAGUGUAAGCAAAACUGACCUCGCUCAUGCACUGUGAAGAUAUUAUUCCAGAUGCAAGGGUCUUCCUUCUGUCUCCACAGUGUUCAUAUCAAUUCUGUCUAUAGUCAUGGUGACUUGGACACCAGUCCCAGCUACCUGAAGCAGUAGCUUCUUGUAAGUUUUCCGAACGGGAGCCCUGUUGUACAAUGGGAGAGGAUGGGGUACUAUUAUAAUCUGCUGGACUACUCCGCUCAGUCCCUCAGUGCCAGCAGCAGUUUAAAGUCCUUUUCUCAGAAAAAGGAUGAAGGUGAAUGAUCAGCUUUCAUUUCCUGCUGGCCAUGAAUAGCUGAGAGAUAGCUGUGUUGAUUUCAGGACGUGCCAGAACUGUGUAGGGAGAGCCAGAGACUCAAAGACGGCUCCUGAAAUUCAUGAUGUUGUUGUCAGACACCUUUGGGCAGCAGCCUGAUGGGACGGCUCCAUGCUGCACCUGAAACAGCUCUUUGCAACUUCUUUUAGAUCCAGAUUCUGACCAUAAACUGAUGUUCCUUGGUCCCAAAAGGAAGAAUAGCAACCGCAGAACUGCUGGAUGGGGAAAUGAGUGUAUCUGUGUCCCCAUCAGGAGCUUGGCACUACUGCACCACAGCUCUGCCGGUUUGAAAAGGAGCACAGUGGUGGCCACCUGGAAAGUUCUAUUUUUCUCACUCAGACAGUGGCUUAGUGGCUGGGAGACCUGCAGCGGGCCCUGCUGCAGUGUUCAGAGGCCGAGGCGAAUGGUACAGCAGCACUCCAGGGAAAUGCAGGAUGAAAAUUAGUAGAAAGUGCUGAAGAAAAUGGCUGAAUAUACUUCUGUAACCGAUAAUUGACUUCUGAUACCAAGUUUUCCUCAGGAAAGGAGCUGGAAUGCAUGAGCUAAGUAAAAGUUAUUUCGAGCUAUAAUCACAAAAAGUGUAAUGCUUGUCAGGUAAUGGUAAUUGUAUAAUGUGAUAUUUGCAAUGAAUGCAUUUAAAGGCAAAUAUUAAUGCACUCCCCUGAUAAAAGAUCAACUUUAUUUUUCAGUCAAAGCAUAGACUUACAAGCAGUGUAAACCAAAACUGUUUGUAAGUGUAAUUAACAUACUUGUGGGAAACCCAAGCAUUUUCUGUAAUGAAGAUAGCCAACAAAAUACCUAGUGCAAUAAAAACUGAUGAGCUAUGUGAUAUUUUACACCUCAUUAAUGUUUUGGUAGAUAGUCAUAGCUUCAUUCAAAAUGAGUAAUAUGCACUUUGUUUUCUAUUUGUUGCCAGUGUAAAAGACUUCAAAAGAAAAUCCCGAAUACCCUGUGAGUAUACACAGUGCUAAGCUGAGCUAACGAGAACAUCCUGCAACUAAAAAAAGAAAGAACAGUCUUCUGUGCAUCAGGAAUAACAAAAGGAGCGAGAGCAAUGAUCAUUAUAUUAAGCCAUGCAGCCACUUACUAACUGCUAAUCAAUAGAGACAGAUUUAGAAAUAAAUGUAAGUCAUUUCCAGUAACAGAAGUAAGCGGAGGGCUCGGAAAUAGCACAGCAACAAACCUGCUCUGCCUGGAGGAAGCCAUUUCCAUCACUCGGGCUCCAUUGCCAUCAGCUGUGACACACGCAGGCCGUGGAAAUGGUACCGUUUCAGUGCUGAGUGCGUGCAGCAUUUAGGCUUUUCUGUUCCCAAAUUGCACAUACUUGCAAAAUGGUCUGAGUGGAAGUGUCUGUUUAAAAUUGUACUUAUGGUAAGAUUUACGUCCUACCUGGACUGGAGCCAGCAAGUGACAAAUUGACUUUGUACAACAUGCAUAUAGACUUGAAAGCCUGAUGCUCUCACUCUCUGCCAGAAGAGCAUUUCCAGACUUUAAGGUGCUGCAGACUUCUGAACCUUCAUCAGGUGGUUGUGCUUGUCUCCCAGUAUGUUGGGCCGGCCCUCAGGGUGGGCAGGAUCUAAGCUCUACCCUAGCUUUGGACCUCUGCAUUCCUGCUCAGCGUGUGGUUCCUCUGCCCACAACAGUCACCUACCUGACAGAGGAGGCCCCCCUUCCCACCCCAGUAAAACUGCACGGGCCCUGGGACUUCCCAGUCGCCUAAGUACACCCUGUACCAGACCUUCAACCCUAUGGAUGCUCUGGUUUCCCCUUCCAUAGGCAAACAUUAGCUCAAGAAGCUAGAAGAAAAUAGGCUUGCACAAGUUUCUGGCAGACCUGUGCAUAACUUAGCACCUGAUGCACACAGCUCUAGAUUACCCUCACAGCCCAUUUCAUCCUUAUGAAUCUGGGUUUUCUUUGGUUCAUAUCAGCCUUUUAGUGAGUCCAGGGGAGUUUCUUCUUCAGUUUAAGGUGGUUGCCUUGGCUUCUUCUAUUGUCAGUGGAGAGAGAGGGACAGGGGCAUUUUCAGGGGCCAGUUCAUCCCACUCAUGCAGCAUACCUGUGUUAGGAUGGACUGGUUUAUCUUCUGGAGGUUUCUAUCUCUCUCCACUGACCACAUAAGGAUUUUAUUUUAGAUUGCAUGUCUAAUUUAUUGGGGGGAGAAGUUAGAUGAGACAAACCUCAAACCUCAUCUGCCUACUGCAGAUGUCCAACUUCCAAGCAAAACUCUGAAGAGCCAUCAAAAUUUUUAUAAAUGCCCAGGCAGAUGUACAAACAGAUUUCCCAGUCAUCUUAUGACAUGUAGAUACUACAGCACCAAUGCAGGAAUUGUUUUACGUUUCUGUGUCAGACAGAAAAUUCGGCUAUAGUAUUUCAUAGCCUUAUGUGCCAGGUUUUGUCUCCUUGAAAUUGAGAAGCAGCUUUCUCUUGGUGUAAGAAUAGGAAGGACUUUUAUGUCUGGAGAAUUUCCAAGAGCUUGCCAAAAUUGAGAAGUCAAAUUAAAUGGUGAUUACAUGUUUUCAGCAACAUUGCACUGGCGGUGAUCAGUGUCUUCUUCCUUCAUACAAGCUGCUCCUUGCACAGAGAUUGCCUGAGUUACCCCUCAGACGACUAUAAAUUUGGAGUAAAUCCUCUGAAGUUAAGGUGGUGUAGGUCUGGUGACUAUAAAUGCAGACUCAAGCACAAAACAACUGUGCUUAACCAGCACCUGUGUUGAUCAGCGAGUGUAUGGUAAACUUUGCCUUCAUGGUGAGGCUUAAGAGACUGGUGUGCAGACUGAAAUCAAAACGGAUGGUGCUUGCAGAUGCAUGUCCCCCUCCUGCCUUGUGUUGGCACAGUACUCGUGACUAUGCCAUCAAACAGGUCAGCAAGCUGAUCUGGUUGAAAACUUGCCCUAGAAAAAUCGCAGAUUGUUUUUCAGCUGGGUCAGUGGGCUGAUCCAGCUGACUGCAAGAUCAGACAAGCACGAGCGCUUCCUUUCCAGCACCUGGGCUUAGUGAAACCGUGCCCUGAGAUAUGGCUGUGACUAUGCAGAAAGUAAAAUACAAGCGUGCCCAGCAAAUAUUUGAAUCAAAUCCCAAGACCAUAUUGUACUGACAGGAGAAGCCAUAAAGGAAAUUCAGUAUAUUAAGACUAAUGGGUAAAUUGGCAUGGUGAUAUGUGGCAGCAAAGUUCAAAGAAGCAGUCUAAACCAUCAAUUUGUCAUGAGAAACACAAAUAUUACAUUGACAGUUCAGCUUACUGCUCAGGGAUGUGCAUCAAGAGUUAGUGACUUCUCAGUUCUAGCUGGGCUUUUGGCACCUGGCUGCUGCCAGUGUGUUCACAGCGUAAAGGCAGAUCACUGUCUUAAAGGGUUCAUGGCUCUGGAUCUCUUCCCAUUUAACUGAAACCAGCACACUGGUGUUAGUCAUAAGAGAGUUGGUGCCUAUGCAGUUGGGAUCACUCACAUUUAGAUCAAGUAAUUUGGUAUUUUAGAACAAAUAUAAUGUCUUUAUUGUGACUAGAAUAAGGGGAUCCUGGCCUUGCUGUCCUUGCAGAUGGAAGUUCAAAAGGGGAUGUCUAAAACUGCAGGCUCAGAGAUGUAUAUGUAGAUUUUGAAUUGUGUGGUUUGAUCACCCAUUUCUUUUUUUAAUGUUGGGCUUAGAGAAAUAACAUCAACUGGAGACCAGAAACUUCUUUUCGACAGUCAGCUCAGAUUUGCUCAUUGAAUGUCUUUUUGCCAGAACAGGACAGUUUUGAGUUCUUCACACAGUUGUCUCAGUACAUGAAUGUGGCCUUAAGGCUGAACUGUUCCCUUUUUAUAUGCCUGUAUACAAUACUCAAGCAAACACAAUGGAAUGGCAUAUUGGAAAGCUUUUAGCUUCUUGCACCACUUAGCACAAUCUUUUUAGCUGUCUGCAUUGUUUACUCAUCCUCCUGCACCACUGACAGUAAAAGCCUGCAUGAGUUUCUUUUUGUCUUUCUUUCUUUCCAUUCCUUUUUUUUUUUUUUUUUCCUCCAGCAGCACUGCAGACACAGUAGCACAACCAACUCAAAAAACCCAAACCAAAGCAACCUCCAAAUUCCAAAUCUCUGCAGGAGAGGCUGCUUGUGUGAAGCUGAAAAGGAGCCAGAGCGUACCAGCAAGAAAGCUGUGAUUUCAUCCAGCAGCCUGACAGAAACUCUGAGGCUUCACUGCAGCAGUUUGUGCAGAUGCAGCAGCAUCCCUCUGACCGGGGCCGUAUCAAAUGCUAGCAGAGGAGUCCCCAGAAGGAGGAUGCCCAUGUAAUUCUGUGUCACUGCCCCCUUGCUUUUUAGUUGCAACUCUCUGAGGAAACCAGGUGAACCAAGCGUGGUAUUUCCAGAAUGUAAUUUCCUUUUUCUUCCAAAUAGAAGAUAAAUGUGUUAAACUGGCAAAGUAAUUCUGCUCAGACAUGAGCAGUGCCAGUAACUCACUGGCACGGGAAUUCUUGACGGAUGUCAACAGACUGUGCAAUGCAGUGGUCCAGAGGGCAGAGGCCAAGGAAGAUGAAGAAGAAGAAACUCAUAUGGCAGCACUGGGACAAUACUUGGUUCAAGGCCGUGGGUUUAUUUUGCUUACCACACUGAACUCGACUAUUGAUCAGGAGCUGACAUGUCGAGAAGAACUUCUGACCCUCCUCCUGUCACUUCUGCCAUUGGUAUGGAAAAUCCCUGUCCAAGAAGAAAAAGCAAUAGAUUUUAAUAUACCAUUUACAGUAGACAUAUGCCUGACCAAAGAGAAUAAUUCAAGUUCCGUGAAAUCUACUCAGGAAAAACUAGGCUUAGAUGGAAGCAGUCGUUCUUCUCUUCAGACUUCUGUAAAACUAAAUCCUCGAUCUCGAAAAAGUGGACGUCUGCGCAAAACCACCCAUCGUUAUUCUGUGCGAGAUGCAAGAAGAUCUCAGCUGUCCACUUCAGAUUCAGAAGGCAAUUCUGAUGACAAGACUACUGUAAUAAUGAAACACAGACGCUCCCAGUUACUGCAGCCUUUUUUAACGUAUCCAGUUAGGGACAACUACCUUGUAGGUAGAAGUGAUUGCCUACCUGUGGAAGCGAUACCAAGUUCUAAUACUGAUGCCUCUACUCUAGAAAAUUCCAGCAAAAUUAUUCCAGCACAUGAGCUAAACCCAGAGAUUUUGAAUGAGCCAACUGCCGGAAUUACUGAGAGCAACAUGGAUAACUCUCCUUUUGACUUAUGCCAUGUCUUACUGUCUCUCCUAGAGAAAGUGUGCAAAUUUGAUAUUACUUUAAAUCACAGUUCUGCUCUUUCAGCUAGUGUGGUGCCCACAUUGACUGAGUUCUUAUCAGGAUUUGAAGACUGUUACAAUGUAAAUAGUAACACAGAAAAUGAAGUAGUUUCUGCAGGGUGGACAGAAGAACCUGUGGCUCUGAUCCAAAGGAUGCUCUUUCGAACAGUGCUGCAUCUUAUGUCUUUAGACAUUAGCAAUACAGAAACAAUGCCUGACAAUUUGCGAAGAAAUUUAACAGACUUACUUAAAGCAGCAUUAAAAAUCAGAAUUUGCUUGGAAAAGCAACCUGAUCCUUUUGCGCCAGGAUACAGGAAAACACUACAGCAGCUGGUUCAGGAGGACUACAUAUUUUCUAGAUACCAUCACAGAGCCUUGCUUCUGCCUGAGGUUAUAGAAGGGGUCUUGCAGAUUUUGAUCUGCUGCCUACAAAGUGCAGCAUCCAAUCCAUUCUACUUUAGUCAAGCUAUAGAUCUGGUUCAUGAGUUCAUACAGCAUCAGGGAUUUAAGCUGUUUGAAGUAACAGUGCUUCAAAUGGAAUGGCUGUGUAUGAAGAGUGAGGGAGUAACUGGGGAAGCCUCAGAGCAUCUGAAGGCCUUAAUCAACAGCAUCAUGAAAAUAAUCAGCACUGUCAAAAAAGUGAAAUCAGAGCAGCUCCAUCAAUCAAUGUGUACAAGAAAGCGACACAGACGAUGUGAGUACUCUCACUUCAUGCAUCACCACAGAGAUCUCUCUGGGCUCUCUGUAUCUGCUUUUAAAAACCAAGCUUCCAAAAACCCCUUUGAAACUGCUGAUGGAGAAGUUCAUUAUCCCGACAGAUGCUGUUGCAUUGCUGUUUGUGCACACCAGUGUUUGCACUUGUUGCAACAAGUUUCUUUGAGCAGUACCUGUGUUCAAAUUCUCUCGGGUGUACAUAAUGUAGGAAUAUGUUGUUGUAUGGAUCCAAAGUCUGUGAUCGUCCCAUUGCUUCAUGCUUCCAAGUUACCAAUAUUAAAAAACUUUCAACAGCACAUAUUGAACAUCCUUAAUGAGUUUAUAUUGGAUCAGCUGGGUGGAGCAGAAGUUUCUCCAAAAAUUAUACAGGCAUCAUGCAAUGUAUGUACUGUUGACUGUGAUCAACUUGCUCAGCUAGAAGAUGCCUUGCAGGGCAACCCUAAUGAUGCUGGUGUUGCAUCUAGUUCCUCUUGCAGAGUUCAGGGAAUUCUGCCUAGCAGUGGAUCUGAAGAUAUGUUGUUGAGAUGGGAUGCAUUGGAGGCUUAUCAGGAUAUUGUUUUUGAAGAAGACAAACUACGCGGCAUGCAGAUUGCAAGCCAUAUUUGCCACUUAAUUCAAAAGGGAAAUGCAGUGGUCCAAUGGAAACUAUAUAACUGUAUUUAUAAUCCCGUGCUUCAGAGAGGGGUUGAGCUAGCUUGCCAUGCUCAACAACUGGGACUAACUACAGCUGAUAAACACACAUGCAGUUACCAUAGCCAGUGUUUGCCUUCUGAAGUACUUCAGAUUUAUUUGCAGAUGCUCCCUGUGUUGCUUAAAUCCAGGGUAAUUAGAGACUUGUUUCUGAGUUGUAACGGAGUGAAUCAAAUGACUGAGUUAAAUUACUUUGAUACUUUAAGAAGUUAUUCUUUGAAAGUGUUAGAGACUUUGAUACUCUGCCUUGGUGAUCAGCAGAAAGACCAAGCAAUGCCAGAACUGGAAGGCCUGAACAGUGAACAGAAGGAGUCUACGUCUGACUUGCCUGCUUCUCUUUGUAGCCAGCAUGCUGUUUCAGAAGUUCCUCAAAGCCUGAGCAAGUUUUAUGCUGGCUUGAAAGAGGCUUACCCAAAAAAGAAAAAGUUUGUGAGCCAAGACAUUCAUGUCAACACAAUAAACCUAUUCCUCUGUGUUGCUUUUUUAUGUGUAAGUAAAGAAGCAGAUGGUGAUCUGGAUUCAGCUAAUGACUCUGAAGAUACAUCAGGAUAUGAUAGUACAGCUAGUGAGCCAUUAGGCCACAAAUUACCAUAUCUGUCACUGGAAAGCCUUACUUUGCCCUCUCUGGAACACAUUCACAGGGCUGCAGAUAUUUGGUCCAUGUGUCGUUGCAUCUAUUUGUAUAGUUCAGUUUUCCAGAGACAGUUCCAUAGACUUGGAGGCUUUGAAGCAUGCCGUAGAUUACUAAUUUUGAUAAUUCAGAAACUUGCAAAAAAUAAGGAAAAGGAACAAGAAAAGAGGGAGAGAUUAUUGAGUGAAAGCAGCAGAAGUUCACAUGGGAGUCCUCGUGGUGAGCUUCUCAACAAGGAUGACUCUGUUCAGCUGGCUAAAAGCAGAGAGGUGACACAACUGGAGCUUGAUAGUUCUGACAGUCUUCCUGGUGCAGAACAGCUGGUCUCUGAAUGUGUCUCCUGCGACAGCUCUUUGAGUAGGGAACACUCUUUAGUUUCUUCAGUUGUCAAUCUUGAAGGGAUAAAGACUUCUGUAAGAGAAGAGAGUGAGUGGGCACUUCAAGGUAUCAGACUUCUAGAAGCUCUGCUGACAAUCUGUCUACACAGUGCAAGCACCAUGCAGCAGAAGAUGGAAGUGGAGAUGUUUCACCAGAACACCUGUGUGGAUGAUAUCUUACUUCAAAUAAGAGAGCAGCUUGCUCAAUCAAAAGUGAUAGAAACUGACUUGGCAAAGCCUCUGUUUGAUUCACUGCUUCGUGUUGCGUUGGGUACUUUUUCUGCUGAUCUGGAUCAUUCUGAAGAAAAAAUUGAAAAGACCCAUUAUACUGAAAAGGAGCCAGUGUCACAACCUGGAGAUAUUUCUGAAGAAACUGAGGAAUCACAGUGCUGUAGUCUUAAACCUUUUGCUGAAGAGGAAGGAUAUGAAGCAGAUAGUGAAAGUAACCCUGAUGAUAGUGAGACCAAGAAUGAAGGAGCAGACACAAAAGCAGAACCAGGAUGUACUGGUCCUUCAGGUUAUUUUAAUGACCUAGCUGAAAACAUCAAUCAAGGAGAAUUAAUGUAUCCUGAAAUCUGCAUGUUAGAAUUAAACUUGCUCUCAGCUGGUAAUGCAAGUUUAGAUGUGCUUGCUCAUGUGUUCCAAAGCUGCCUGAAAAUCAUCAGCCAGAAGGAGAGAAAUGCCACUGUACUUAUAGAACAGGGAGCUGUUAAACUUCUUUUGGGAGGAUUUCUGAACGUACUGACGCAAACGGAAUCUAGUUUUCAUGCAUGUCAGGUGGUGCUGGUAGACCUGUUAGUUUACUUGAUGAGUUCACGGACAUGUUCAGAAGAGCUAACUCUUCUUCUGAAGAUAUUUUUGGAGAAGACACCUUGUACGGAGAUACUACUCAAGGGUGUACUGAAGAUUAUAGAAACUAAUAUUUACAUGAACCCAUUACAGUAUCUUGCCUUCCCUUUACUACACAGCACAAAUUUGAGUAGUUGUUCUUCACAGAAAUCUGCUAGCACUUCCAACAGCAAAACUGCUGGACUACUAAAAAGAGCGAAAUUUUCACAGAGUAAGAAAGAGGCAGAUGGUGAAAAUUUGAGUCACCAGCUGCUUUCUUCUUGGCAUGUAGCCCCAAUUCACUUGCCUUUAGUUGGACAAAACUGUUGGCCACACAUGUCUGAAGGCUUCAGUGUCUCACUGUGGUUUCAUCUGGAGUGUGCUCAUGAAACGGAAAAUUCAACAGAAAAGGGGAAAAAAAUCAAGAGAAGAAGCAGACUGGUAGCUGUGAGAGAGAACAGCUUUGACAGCACAGAAGAAACAAAGUCUAUGGGAAUGGAAUACCUAAGCCUGGGAGAUAAACUUGUUGAAGAUGGGUGUAUUCAUAUAAUUUCACUGGGUUCCAAAGCAUUGAUGAUACAAGUCUGGGCAGACUUGAACACUGGAGCAUUCAUAUUUCGUAUGUGCAUGGAUCCAAAUGAUGAGAUGAAAGCUGGUCUGCUGGCACAGGCUGAAUCUCCAGAGAAUGUUUUCCAUGUGGGCAGGUGGCAGCAUUUGGCAAUAACAUAUCUGCAGCAGCCAGAAGGCAAGAAAAAUAUCCAUGGAAAGCUGCGGCUGUGGGUUUCUGGUCAGAGGAAAUGUGAGAUUAAUUUAGAUUACGCACUACCAAGGAAAUCAAGCUUAUCAUCUGACAGUAAUAAAACAUUUUGUAUGAUUGGCCAUUGUACAUCAUCUCAAGAAGAAUUGCUUCGAUUAUCGGGUGGAUGGAAUCUUGGAAAUCUGCUUCUAUUUAAUGGUGCAAAUAUUGGACCAGAGGAAGCAUUUUACUUAUACACAUGUGGGCCAGACUUCACAUCUGUAAUGCCUUGUAAAUAUGGCAAAACAUUGACUGAUUGCUCUAAGUACAUAAGUGAAGAGAUUCUACAAUGUGAACAAAUCAAAGAACUCUUCAUGGCAAAAAAGGAAGUGGAUGUUGGGCCUUUAAUUGAGAGUCUUGCUGUUGUUUAUACUACAUGCUGCCCUGGUCAGUAUACCAUAUAUGAACCUGUUAUUAGACUGAAAGGUCAAGUGAAAACUGUACCUUCGCAGAGACCUUUCAGUUCAAAAGAAGUUCAGAGCAAUGUAUUGGACUCUUAUCACCUGAAAACACUUCAGCCUGUUGAAUAUAAAACUCUUCAGUGUAUACUACAUGAAAUUGGAGGAACUGGUGCAUUUGUUUUCCUCUUUGCUAGGGUUGUAGAGAUUAGCAGCUGUGAAGACACUCAAGCUUUAGCACUACAACUUAUACUAUCUUUAACAAAAUACAAUCAACAGAGAAUACAGGAGAUGGACAAUUGUAACGGUUACUCUAUGAUUCAUCGAGUGUUGAUCAAACCAAAAUGCAUUGUUGGAUUUUGCAUGUUGAAGACUCUUCUUGAAGGAUGCUGCAGUGAUGAGAUUCUCUAUAUAAAUGAAAAUGGGCAAUUCCUGCUUGAUACAGAUUCUACUGCAGUUAUCCAAGAUGUUCAAUUGUUAGAAAAGCUGCUGCUUGACUGGAAGAUAUGGUCUAAAGCAAAGCAAGGUGUUUGGGAAACUCUGCUAGCAGCUCUAGAAAUUCUUAUCAGAGCUAACCAUCACCAACAGAUGUUUAAUAUUAAACAGCUGUUGAAAGCUCAAGUGGUACAUCACUUCCUGUUAACUUGUCAGGUUCUUCAGGAGCAUAAAGAAGGGCACCUUGCAUCCCUGCCUCAGGAGGUUUGCAGGUCAUUUGUGAAAAUAAUUGAAGAAGUACUUGGAUCUCCCCCAGACCUGGAAUUGCUGACACUGGUCUUCAAUUUCCUCUUAGCAGUUCACCCACCCACUAAUACAUAUGUUUGUCACAAUCCUACCAACUUCUACUUUUCCCUGCACACAGAUGGCAAAAUUUUUCAGGAGAAAAUUGAAUCACUUAAGUACCUGAGAAAUUCCAGCAGUGGUGGGAAGUCAACAGACAGUUCUGCAUUUGUGAUUACAACUCCAACUGGAUUUACAGCUUUACCGCUGGAAGGGAACAUUUCCAAGGCUAGUGUACAGCAGAAGAUAAGCUCUCAGGCACCUGAAAGACUUUGCAAAAGCUUACCAGCAUCUCCUACUUCCUCACCUCGAAUUCAUCGAAAAAGACUAACUGAAAGAAUGGGAAGCAGUGUUGAUGACCUGCAGAUUAUUGGCAAGCGUGACUACAUUGAUCUCCAGGAUAGAAGUGGUUUUGUAGGAAGUUCUGAAACCAUAAAGAGAGUACAAGAAGAACUCUUUCUUAGCAGUUGUGAGUCUGCAAAAACAGUUUGUGACUCAGAGUUAACAUCUGCGGAAACAUUUGAAGAUAUUGCAAAAGAAGAAGAGUUAACUGAAAAUGCAUUUGAGAGUAAAGAAGCAGAUGCAGACCUGAAAUGUAAUGAAGGUGGUGGUGUUGCAGCUGAGCCAUCGCUACGUCGUCCAGACAAUCUGAAAGGACUACCUUCAUUUCAGAAGAGUCAGAGUAAUUUUGCAGGGUUAGGCUUAGCAUUUUCGGUUCACGGAAAUUCAUCUGCCAUUGCUCGCUGGCCAAGCUUUGCUGACAAGAAUGUACUUCCUGAAGACUGGGAGAGUCUUGCUUUUUCUUCAGCUAAUGAGAAUACCCAAAAACCUUCUGAAAGCCCUGAUGACAGAUAUACAGAAGACUGUCUUGUGCUUAUCUGUUGUGGAUUAUAUGACCUCUUGCGUGGAGUUCUCCUAAUCCUACCAGAUGUCAUGCUAGAUGAUGUGAUGGACAAGCUUAUCCAACCUGAUUAUCUUAUAGUUCUUGUGAACCACCCAUCUCCUCUCAUACAACAAGGAGUCAUUAAAUUGUUGGAUGCAUAUUUCAACAGAGCAAGGAGGGAGCAGAAGGAGAAAUUUUUAAAGAAUCGUGGCUUCUCCUUGCUAGCUAACCAGCUGUACCUUCACCAGGGGACUCAGGAAGUUGUAGAGUGCUUUUUGGAAAUGCUCUUUGGCCGCUCUGUUGGCUUGGAUGAAGAAUUUGAUCUGGAAGAUGUCAAGAAUGUUGGACUCUUUCAAAAAUGGUGUGUCAUUCCUGUUCUGGGUCUUAUAGAGAACUCUCUGUAUGAUAAUGUUCUGCUGCAUAACUGCUUCUGUCUCCUGCUACAAAUCAUAAAUUCCUGCUCAAAAGUUGCAGACCUGCUGCUCGAUAAUGGCUUGCUCUAUGUGUUGUGUAAUACACUGGCUGCUCUCAACGGACUGGAAACAAACAUUCCCUUGAAUGACUACAAGUUACUUGCAUGUGAUAUACAACAGCUGCUGGUAGCAGUUGCAAUUCAUGCCUGCAGCUCCUCAGGUUCUCAAUAUUUUCGUGUUAUUGAAGACCUCAUUGUGCUGCUUGGUCAUCUUCAAAAUAGUAAAAGUGCAAGGAUGCAAAACAUGGCAGUUGUUCUGCAGUUAAGAGUUCUUCAAGCAGCUAUUGAAUUAAUAAAAACAACAGCAACCCAAGAUGCUCAGGAGCAGGCCGGUUCAGUCCCAUCACCAUCUGCACCACAUCGUGCAAUGUUUCAAAAGCGUAAAGGCAUUGCUGGCUCCAGAAAGUUUUCACUUGCUCAGUCUGAUGCUUUGCUGAUGAAAAUGCGCUCACUAGCCAGUGAGGAGUUCAACAUGAUGAUGCAGCGGAGAAUGAGCCAAGAAAAUCCUAUCCAAGCCACUGAGACUGAGUUUGUACAAAGGUUACAGAGGCUGACUGUUCUAGCUGUUAACAGGCUCAUUUAUUUAGCAUCUGCUGAAGAGUGCCUUGAUGUACUGGGUAUAACAGAAAACACAAGUCAAAGCAGACUUUCAACAUCCCAACUGGAAGUUCCUGAAGAGGAAGGGCUGCAAGAACUGCCUAGCAAAACAAAUCCUUUUCUUAAAGAAAUGUUCAAAAUGUUGGUGGAAGGAAUCAAAGUAUCCAUUGGCACCAGCAGAAUGAACACACUGAAGCAGCAGUGGAAGAGAAUCCUCUUGUCGUGUAAGGACACAUUCCGUACGCAACUUGGGAGGCUUCUUGUGCACAACUUGUCUCCGGCAAGGCCACUGCAAGAGAGAAAGCUGGCUUUGGAGUUGGUACAUGAAAUAAACAAUCAAGAGAUUAUGCGUGACUGUCUUAGCCCAACUUUGCAACAUGGACCUAAAUUAGUGCUCUAUUUAUAUGAGUUAAUGCACAAUCACAGUGAUGAAAUGACCAAAGAAGAGCAAAGAGCAGCAGGAGACUUUGUGAAUACAUUGAAAUGUUGUGGCUAUAAAUGCAUUCCCCUGAGCCCACGACCAAAGCCAGAUGUAAUAAAAGCUUUGAAAGAGGAUCAGAAGAAAUAUGAGAUGGAAGAAGGUAUAAACAAAGCUGCUUGGGAGAAGACAAUGGCUAAUAAUCGGCAAAAUCUCUUUCAACGUCUGGAUACAAAAUCUAAAGACAUUUCUAAAAUAGCUGGAGACAUCACACAAGCUGUGUCUCUGUCACAAGGAAUGGAAAGGAAGAAAGUAAUCCAGCACAUCAGGGGGAUGUAUAAGGCAGAGCUAAGUGCCAGCAGACAUUGGCAGGAGCUUGUUCAGCAGCUUACCCAUGAUCGAGCACUCUGGUAUGACCCAGUCUAUUACCCAACUUCUUGGCAACUGGAUCCAACAGAGGGCCCAAACAGAGAGAGGCGCCGCUUGCAGAGGUGCUACUUAACUAUUCCAAACAAGUACCUCCUCCCAGACAGGCAGAAACAGGAAGGUGUUAUAAAAACUCCGUUAUCUUACCUAUUUGAAGACAAAACACAUUCUUCUCACUCUUCUACUGUGAAGGACAAAGCUGCGAGUGAACAUAUAAGAGUUAAUCGAAGAUGUAUAAGCGUAGCACCUUCUAGAGAGACUGCUGGUGAACUGUUGCUAGGAAAAUGUGGCAUGUAUUUUGUUGAAGACAAUGCUUCAGACACAAUUGAAAAUUCAAGUUUUCAUGGAGAAACUGAACCAGCAUCAUUUUCUUGGACCUAUGAGGAAAUUAAGGAAGUUCAUAAGCGCUGGUGGCAGUUAAGAGACAAUGCUCUGGAAAUAUUUCUAACAAAUGGCAGAACUUUACUCUUGGCUUUUGAUAACACAAAGGUCCGUGAUGAUGUGUACCACAACAUCUUAACUAACAAUUUGCCUAACCUUUUGGAAUAUGGAAACAUUGCUGCUUUGACCCACCUGUGGUGCACAGGACAGAUUACUAACUUUGAAUAUCUGACUCAUUUAAACAAGCAUGCGGGCCGUUCCUUCAAUGAUCUCAUGCAAUAUCCAGUAUUUCCUUUUAUACUUUCUGACUACACCAAUGAAACGCUGGACCUAAAUGAUCCAUCGGUAUAUAGAAAUCUGGUCAAACCAAUAGCUGUGCAGUCUAAAGAAAAAGAGGAUCGUUAUGUGGAUACUUAUAAGUAUUUGGAAGAAGAGUACCGUAAAGGAGCACGAGAGGAUGAUCCAAUGCCCCCUGUACAGCCGUAUCACUACGGAUCUCAUUAUUCCAACAGUGGAACUGUGCUUCAUUUCCUAGUUAGGCUGCCACCUUUUACUAAAAUGUUUUUAGCCUAUCAAGAUCAAAGUUUUGACAUCCCAGACAGAACUUUUCACUCUACCAAUACAACCUGGCGACUCUCUUCAUAUGAAUCAAUGACUGACGUAAAGGAGCUUAUCCCAGAAUUUUUCUACCUUCCCGACUUUCUAGUUAACAGAGAAGGUUUUGAUUUUGGAGUACGUCAAAAUGGUGACAGAGUUAACCACGUCAAUCUUCCACCCUGGGCUCGUAAUGAUCCUCGUCUAUUCAUCUUGAUUCAUCGUCAGGCUUUAGAGUCUGACCAUGUUUCCCAGACAAUCUGUCACUGGAUUGACUUGGUGUUUGGCUAUAAGCAAAAAGGCAAGGCCUCUGUUCAGGCUAUUAAUGUCUUUCAUCCUGCAACCUAUUUUGGGAUGGAUGUUUCUGCUGUUGAGGAUCCUGUUCAGAGAAGAGCCCUUGAAACAAUGAUAAAAACAUAUGGGCAAACACCUCGCCAGCUGUUCCCUUCAGCACAUGUUAGCAGACCUGGAUCCAGGCUUAUCAUGGAAGGAGAACUUCCUGCUGCCAUGGGAUUACUAGUGCAGUUUGCUUUCAGAGAAACCAGAGAACACACUAAAGAAAUAAUAUAUCCAAGUCCAUUACCAUGGAUAAAAGGCUUGAAGUGGGGGGAAUAUGUUGGUUCCCCAAGUGCUCCAGAUCCUGUUGUCUGCUUUAGCCAACCACAUGGAGAAAGGUUUGGCUCUCUCCAGGCUUUACCAACUAAAGCUAUCUGCGGUUUGUCCUGCAAGUUUUGCCUUUUGAUGAUAUAUAGCAAGGAGCAAGGUGUGAGAAGCAUGCACAGUACUGAUAUUCAGUGGUCAGCUAUCCUGAGCUGGGGGUAUGCUGAUAACAUUUUACGACUGAAAAGCAAGCAAAGUGAACCUCCAGUAAAUUUUAUACAGAGUUCACAGUUCCAUCAGGUAACAAGUUGUGCUUGGGUGCCAGACAGUUGUCAGUUGUUCACAGGUAGUAAAUCUGGUGUCAUCACAGCAUAUAUGAACAGAUUCACUAGCAAUACGCCUUCAGAGAUAGAAAUGGAAUCACAAGUCCAUCUGUAUGGUCACACAGCAGAAAUAACAAGCUUGUUUGUGUGCAAACCAUACAGUAUAAUGAUAAGUGUCAGCAAAGAUGGAACCUGCAUCAUAUGGGAUUUGAACAGGCUGUGCUAUGUCCAGAGCCUGGCUGGACACAAGAGUCCUGUGACUGCAGUUUCAGCUAGUGAAACAACUGGUGAUAUUGCAACAGUUUGUGAUUCAGUUGGAGGAGGUAGCGAUUUGAGACUUUGGACAGUUAAUGGUGAUCUCGUGGGACAUGUACACUGCAGGGAAAGUAUUUGCUCUGUUGCUUUCUCUAACCAGCCUGAAGGAGUGUCUGUCAAUGUGAUUGCAGGGGGGCUUGAAAAUGGAGUUGUGAGACUGUGGAGUACGUGGGACUUGAAGCCAGUACGAGAAAUAACAUUUUCGAAGUCAGCCAAACCCAUUGUAAGCCUUACAUUUUCCUGCGAUGGUCAUCACUUGUUCACAGCUAAUAGUGAUGGAAAUGUUAUAGCUUGGUGUCGCAAGGACCAGCAGCGCUUGAAGUUACCCAUGUUCUAUUCAUUCCUUAGCAGCUAUGCGGCUGGAUGAUGACUAUUUUUGCUGCUAACUCAUGUCUCUGAUGCACUUUAAAUCCAAAAUAGAUUAUAGAAUCUCUUAUUUAACUGGAUUUUGAAAUAGUUUGAAUGUCUCUAGAAUGACUGGAUAGAUUUUUUUUUUUUUUUUUUAAAACAGCAGUCUAAGGCUAAGGUGGUUGUAAAGUUGCAUAUGUGCAUUCACAAACUUGAAGCAUAUCCAGGUCACCAGGAAGCUCUGGUCGUGUACUCCAAUACCAGCAAAGUGACUCAUAAAUGCUCUAACAUAUAAGUCAAAAUGCUGCAAUAUAAAAUAUAAUAGUAUUUUUUUAAAUUACUUCUUGGACAGAAGUAUUUAAAAAAAUUGACUGAUAAUGCUUAUUCCCCCUCUUAUGUUGUAAAAUAUCAGUAGCAUAAAGUUCCAUAAAUAUCUGUUAAAAUGUCAGCAUAUGUAUAUCUGAUUAGUUGAGAGUGGUAUAAUUAGCUCUGGGAUAAGCAACCCCAAACUUAAAAAUCGAAGACCACUUAAAAUUGCUUUUUUUGAGAAGCAAAGAAGUUAGUAGGUGCUUUUUGCACCAUCUUAUGGUAUUGUAAUGCUAAAAAUUGAGUUUGUUACCUUUAUAUUUGUAAUUUUUGCCAUCUGUUAGUCUUUACAACAGGUAAAAAUAAAAUAUUUUUGUCUUAGUGAUGGGUAGACACCUCAUGGCAUCAUGAAGCAAUAGUUAGAUCACAUUUUGGUUUUGUUUUUUAAUGUAGUGUUAACUCCCUAACUUUGUAACACCUAGUUAUUGCAAUUCUGUGGCAGAAUAUAUAUUAUAUUACACACACAGCUUAUCUUCCAGAGCUCUAAAAAAAAAAAAAAAAAAAAGGUGUUAAAGAAGGCACAGAUGUGCUCCAGUUCUAGUGUCAUUGAAGUUCAAUACACUGUAAAAUGUUUGAAUCUAACUGCUUGAAUAAUCAAUGUUCAUAGGCAUCAGAUGAUUUGGAAGAGUUUACACAGAUACACUGUGCAAAUAUGUUAUUUAUUCCUAGGUGCUAUUUUUUGAGGGGAAAAAAAUAAGCCUCCCUUGUGAAAGGCUUAACAAAUUUGAAUUCUUGGGCCAGACCAAAAAUUAACAUUUCAGUUGAUGGAUUUGAAGACCUCUAAACCUGACACCAUGAAUGAGUGCCUACUAGUCAUGCAAAUGGUAAAACAAGAAUGCUACGCAAGUCUGAUGUAGUUACAUUUUUCUUUUAAAUUGCUUUGCUUUUUCAUCAGUGACAUGUUCUGCUGUCGCCAUACAGACAAACUGCUAUAUCUUCUCAUGUUUAAGGUUCAUCUGCCUUCAAAACACGAUAUAUGAAAUUGUCAAGUUGUGAUGAAGAUGAUAUACACACAAGAAGUCUUUUACACUUCUUUUGAAAAUUCCAAACAGUCUUCAGAAAUUCUUGCAACUUCCUGAAUGAAGAACUUUUCAAACUAGAAAAACUUAAGAAAAAUAUUCUCAUAGUCCAUGAUGCACAGGCUGAUCUUUGGUUCAGUUAAGGAAGUGGCUACAUACUGUAUGAAUUGAAUUUUAAACUGCGUAUAUUGUAGCAGCAUUGUAUGGGAUGGCUUUAGUCAUGUUUUUCACUGUCUAAAUGUUAAUGUAAGGUACAAAUACAGACUGAAAAGCUUCCUGGCUCGUGUUGAAGUGAUGUGCUUUAUUUAAGAGAAAAAAACACAAAUAUUGUGGUUUGGGGUACUUUUGUGCUCCCUGGUUUGGGGUGUUGCUCACAAAGGCUUAUUUUUAUAAAGUAGAAUUCCACUUGUUACAAAUCAAUAUGCAAAAUUGCUGGCCUUGUAAAGAGUGCAAUAUUAUAUAUUUUUAUGUAAAAGUAAAAAUGAUUUUUUGAAGCAAGGAAUAUUUAUUCAGCUUAACAUUCUGGAACUAUUAAAAUAACAUUGCAAUAGUAUCUGUGCAUGAUGUACUGAAAUUUCCUGUAAAUGUCACAUUCCACACUGUCUUUGUAUAUACACUGUCACGUUGUUGGGUAAUAAACAGAUCUUUGUACCAAA